AUGGAGCUCACAUGGCUGGCGGACACCCCGCAGUCCCGGCGCCGAACACGGGCACUGCGCGCAUGUUCUAGCUGUCAGAAGAGAAAGAAACGCUGUCGGCAUCUGCGUGACGAACAUCGAGCCCCAAGCCAGGUUCUGGAGACUAGGAGACUUGAUUCGACUGCAGAGGGGGCCAGAGCUCCCAACCAAGUGCAAGCCCCCGCUCAAAGGAUAAAUGGCCGCGCCGCUUCUCUACCCGGCAUAUCACUCAUAGAGCGGUUUGUAGGAGAUCUUAACCCGGAAGCUGCUAUUAGGGAGAAGGUAGAUGCACCGGACGGUGCUCACCAUAGGGAUCGUGUCGGGCUCUGGAUCAAUACUCCUGCCCAUGGGGGAAAUGGAGAUUUAUCCGAUACGUCAAGCUUCCGGGCAGAAAUUCUUCCAAAAAACGGAUCUGAUACUGGUUCUAUCUUACAUCAACGAUAUCUGUCUGCUCUGAAAGCGUGCGAUCGUCUUCCUCGCUCGACUCUAGUCCCAUUGGCCUCAAUUUUUUUCUCCAUCGUGAACCAUAUCCUACCUAUUGUUGAUCGAGAGUUGUUUAACCCAGGCUCUGCAGAGGCAGCAACGUCUGUCUUCUUGGAAAGAGCUGUAUGCCUCGUGGCAGCCAAAGACAAAACGGCUAGCUCACAUCUGCGUCUGGUUUGUGAUGGCCCCCUGUUGACUGCCCGCGAGUUCUGCUCCGAUCUAUACAAAGGGCUCGUUAGUGCUAUGGAUGCUGCGCUCGAGCCAGAUAGGGUGACUAGAAUUCGCAUAUUGGCUCUAAUGUCCCUUCACUCUGAGGGCUAUGAAGGUACUGAAGCAGCCUCGAUGCACAUCUGCCAGGCGAUUCACCAAGCACAGACAGCGGGCUUACAUCUUGAACGGCCUAAUCGCCAACCAGGAGAUUCCUUGACGAGUCUAUUCUGGUGCCUGUGGACGCUAGACAAGAUUCAUGCAUCUAUAGGUGGUCGUCCGGUACUUCUCGCAGAUCGGGACAUUGGUAUCACAAGGCCUGAACCCAGAUCAGGUGGAUUGAAAACUGCCUUUGAUGUUUGGUUUGCGCUCUCUGAGUUGCUAUCAACUGUGAUCUCGUUUUAUAGGCCGUCUUCCGAUGGUACGACGGGAUGGGAGACGGACUAUCCAAGCUUUGAAGAGAUCAUGGGGUAUCCUGUUCGAGCGGAUUUGGAUUAUGAAACACUGGGAAUUUUGGAGCUCUAUUACCACGCCAUUGGUAUUUUGUCAUGCAGAUACAGGCCGUCUCAUUGUCCUGAUGGUUCGAGACCCUCAUACACCCGCCAAGGUCUAGCUGCCGUCCGGAUAUAUUCCAUCGUGGCGACUGAAUGUGCUCAAUCACUGCCUCCUCUUCCAGUUGUUCCAUAUGCAGUUGCCUUGUCCAUGGGUGUUUCAUACCAACAAUUCCGCAACAGCAAACUUAUAACUCACCACACUCGUGCAAAGGCUAGUCUCGACGCUUGCUGUGCUCUACUGGAAGAACUAUCCGCUUAUUGGUAUUCGGCCGAAGCGAUGGCACGUCUGGGAAGAAAGGCACUACGUCAAAUCAAAGGGUUGGCAUUUGAAGAUGGAAAAUUCGGCCACGGUCCUCCAUUAUCUACUGUUGACAACAACAAUCAUGACAACAGCACAUCCAGCAUGACAGACCAGGAAUUACCGCUGGCUGGCCCUUCAGUUCAUUCCAACGAACCCCAUCACCCUUCGGAAACACAAAGAUCUACAAAACUCCGUUAG